CAGCGGGGGAGCUGGAGGAGAUUUCGCGGCUCAAACAGCGCACGCAUUUAAAAGGAUGCGCUGCUGCGCGCGACGGCGCAUCCUGUAAAGAUACAAGCGGAUUGACGCGUCUGUCUUUCUUUCUCUUUCCAUUGUUGGCUUUGUAAACGCAGACCUGUCAGUAUUUGCCACUCUGUGAGCAAGUAGCAUCACUUCACGGACGGAACAAGAAAGAAGAGGGCUGUUUUCUCUUCUCGCAACAUCCAAAGCACUGCUUUAAUGAAGAAACAGACCUGCUAACAAUCUUGUGGAAGGGACCUUCCAGAACAAGUAUGGGGUCACCAUGGAAACCACUUCUCCUGCUAUCAGUUAUCAGUGGCAUGGCAGAUUUUGCUAGAACCGUUGCUGGGAGACCUGUGUCGUACGCGGCAGUGCUGCGGACGAAGGCAGACAGUUCCUCGUCCUCCUCGCUGGGUUCCAAGAUGAGGUUAAGGAACAAUCACGGAGCCGGAUCAUCCAGCCAGGACUGGCCUCUGUUCUCUAGACACGUAUACUCAGCCCUCAGCUCACAGGAGGACUACAGGAGUGAAGAAAGUGAAGAGUUUGGUCCAGUAUUCAUUCAAGAGCCUGAUGAUGUCAUCUUUGCCCUGGAUAAAGAUGAUAAGAAAGUGAUUAUGAAUUGUGAGGCAAGAGGAAAUCCUGCUCCAACCUACAGCUGGCUGAUCAAUGGAACAAAUGUGGAUGUAGAAGCAGAUUUACGCUACAGUUUGAUUGACGGGAACUUGAUAAUACACAAUGCAAGCGAUGCCACUGAUUACGGGAGAUACCAGUGCAGAGCUGAGAACAGCAUGGGCAUCAUCCUGAGUCGAGAUACCCUCCUCCAGUUUGCUUAUCUCGGAGCAUUCAGCGGUCGGAUGAGAGGAGCUGUUUCAGUAAGGGAAGGCCAGGGAGUGGUGCUAAUGUGUGCACCCCCUCCUCAUUCACCAGAAAUUUUCUACAGCUGGGUGUUCAACGAGCUCCCCUCGUUCGUGGUGGAGGACAGCCGCCGUUUCAUCUCGCAGGAGACAGGAAAUCUGUAUAUCUCCAAGGUGCAGCCCUCGGAUGUGGGCAGCUACGUGUGCCAAGUGAAGAACACUGUGACCAACACCAGAGUCCUGAGCCCACCAACGCCCCUGACUCUGAAAACAGAUGGUGUGAUGGGGGAGUACGAGCCCAAAAUUGAAGCACAUUUUCCACAGACUGUACUGGCAGCCAAAGGAGUUACAGUGCGGCUGGAGUGCUUCGCCCUUGGAAAUCCUGUCCCCACUAUCACCUGGAGGAAGAUGAGUGGCAACAUUCCCAAAAAAGCCCGUCUGCGCAAAUCCCAAGCUGUGCUAGAGAUCCCAAACAUCCAGCUGGAGGAUUCUGGGAGUUAUGAGUGUAAAGCUGAGAACAGCAGAGGAGGAACGGCCUUCAGAGGACCCCUCCAGGUCUACACCCUGCCACAGUGGAUCAACAUGAUAAAUGACACUCAACUGGACAGCGGUGAGCAGCUUCAUUGGGAGUGUAGAGCCACAGGAAAGCCCAGGCCCACCUACCGCUGGCUGCGUAAUGGAGAGCCCCUUAGCCCACAGAGCAGAGUGGAAAUGGUGAAUGGAGAGCUGAUCAUUCACAGGCUACAACAGGCUGAUUCUGGAAUGUACCAGUGCAUCGCUGAGAACAAGUAUGGAGCGAUUUACUCCAACGCAGAGCUCAAAAUACUAGCAUCAGCUCCCAUGUUCAGCAGCAACACUGUCCGUCUCAUCGCCACUGUGGGUAAAGACAUCUCCCUGGAGUGCCGGCCGCGUGCGUCACCCAAAGCCAGGAUCUCAUGGAGGAAAAACGAGCGGAGAGUCCCGCCCAGCCGAAGGAUCAUGUUGCUUCGAAACAACACCCUCCGCAUAAUUAACUCCAGUCGCAGUGAUGAGGGAAGCUAUGUGUGCCGCGCCGAGAACCAGUUUGGAUCAGCGGAGUUGACGACCGUGCUGCUAGUGAAAGAGGCCAUGCGGGUGGAGUUGAGCCCCAUGCGUGUUGAGGUGACAGUGGGAGAGAGUGUGGUACUUAGCUGUAAAGUCACCCACGACCCUUCGCUGGACGUGUCCUUCCUGUGGCUGCUCAACAACCAGCCUCUCAAUACACAGCAUGAGGGCAGUCACUUUGAGUACAUUCAAACACAGUCUUCCACAGCAGACCUGAUGAUCAGAAGCAUCCUCCUGAUUCAUGCUGGGAAGUAUGGCUGCCGGGCACAAACGAGUGCAGACAGUGUGCUUGCAGAAGCCGAGUUGCUCGUAAGGGGUCCUCCUGGACCUCCUGGAGUGGUUAUUGUAGAGGAGAUCACGGAUACCACAGCGACGUUGUCAUGGAGCCACGGUGUUGACAACCACAGUCCAAUCACCACCUACAAUGUUCAGGCACGAAGCCCUUUCUCUCUGGGCUGGCAGACAGUGAAAACCGAUCCAGAUCCAGUGACUGGAAACAUGGAGUCGGCCAUGGCUGUGGAGCUCAACCCUUGGGUGGAGUUUGAGUUUCGGGUGGUGGCCACAAACGCUAUAGGCACAGGUGACCCGAGUGCCCCCUCUAGAGCGGUCCGCACUAAAGAAGCAGUUCCGACGGUGGCCCCUGCCAAUGUGAGAGGGGGAAACGGUCGCAGACACGAGCUGGUCAUAUCCUGGGAGCCUGUCUCAGAAGAAUUCCAAAAUGGGGAAGGUUUCGGCUACAUUGUGGCAUUCCGGGCCAAUGGCACACGUGGAUGGAAAGAGAAGAUGGUGAUAUCAGCGGACUCCACCACCUAUAAGUACAGGGAUGAGACCUUCCCCCCUCUCACCCCGUUUGAGGUGCGGGUGGGAGUGUAUAACAAUAAAGGAGAUGGCCCAUUCAGCGGUGUGGUCACUGUGUUCUCUGCAGAGGGAGAACCCAGGGAGCCCCCUUCUGAAGUUGAGGCCUUUGCCGUCUCCUCUUCUGAAAUCAAGGUGAUGUGGAAGCCGCCCAAUCCUGGUCCUGGAAGACCGCAAGGCUAUGAGGUGAGCUAUUGGAAAGAUGUAGAGCAGGAGGAGAUGGGGACAAAACAGAGAACGACGGGGAAUGAGACAGCCAUGCUGCUGUCCGGACUGGAUGGAAACACGAUGUAUCAGGUCUCUGUGAAGGGUUUUAACAGCGUCGGGCAAGGACCGCCCAGCUCAGCUGUCAAAAUCAGCACUAAGAAAAAUGCCCCAAGUCUACCCCCAGGCAACAUGAUGUGGAUUCAGGAAGGGAACAAUGUUUCUUUAUCCUGGGAUCCAGUGAAAGCGAGGGACAAUGAAUCAGAAGUCAUUGGGUACAAGGUGUUAUUGCGUCAAGAGGGGCGGGGCCACAGCCAAGUCAUGCGCACUCCAAACUCAGCGGUCGUCUUGACUCUACCUGAGGGUGGAACAUACAUCAUUGAGGUGCGAGCUGUCAGUGAUGGAGGAGAAGGAGCCGCCAGCACUCAGGUCAGAGUGCUCACCUCUUCAGGAGUGCGUGCGAAAAGUGGGCAGCUCUCUGUCCAUAAUUUGCCUCACGGCUUGGCAUGGACUGCUCUCUUCCUGUCAUUAAUGGUGCCUUCUUUCCCCUUGUGAGGCUGCUGAGUCACGUACCCUGAAACCUUCCCAUGGGCUACCCUUCAACGACCUCUCCAACCCAGUCCUAUAUAAAGGAAUGGGGUCUCCUUCCUCAACACAGACUGCCUGCUUUGGCCUGUACUAUCAACAGGACCGAGGGGCCAGCCAAACGGAAGUGCUUCUUUUCAAGACGAGGAUAAAGUUGAACGAUCCAACACCAGAUAACUAAUUUAUAUUUUUGAUUUCUGGGCUCAUUGUUUCCAUGUCUCUGUUUGGGAUGUCAUUGUAGUAUUUGUGCUGUACAAUGUGCAGAAACAGUUGUUUCAAAUCAUGUACAUCAACCAAGACAGCCUCCAGAGGGGCUCCUAAAGCUGCUGAGAUCGUCCCUUAUUACUUAUUUGCAUCCAUUUUAACCUUUGGCUGCCCUACAAGCGACGCAGAGUAAGCUCAGUAGAAAUAAGUGCAUUGUUUUCUUAUUCACUCAUGGACUGAGGCAACACAGAAGAAAAACAUUUUUAUAGUGCCGAAAAUCUUACUAUUUCCAGACUUGCUUUUUGUACAUUGUGUUACCUUUAGAGAAACAAACAAACAAAAAAAGAAUAUUAUGUGGAACAGUGGUACAGUAUGUUUCGGUCGGCUGUGUCAAAGUUUUUGAACUUCUGUUUUUCUUUUUGUUUCGUUCGUUGGUUUUUGAGAACUAGCGAGGUUGCUGGGCAACAGAGGAUCUGGCGGAUGAACCAAGAGAGAGGAUUUGGACUCAACUUGUCAUGCCCAAACACUUCAGUAGACAAAGAGCAAGGCUGAUCUGUGAUGAUUGAAAUAAAU